ACUUGGAUUGGUUCAGUUGUUCGAGUUCUGGAACUGAUGGAUACUUGGAUCUAGAAAAUGGUUCAGAUACCUACUAGUGGAUGAAAAAUACUUUUAGUGCAUUGAAGAAAAAGGAUAUCGAAUCAAAAUGAACAACGGAGGUGGCUUUGUUAAAGCCUACAGCAACAACUGGCUGUCGCAGUUUGGAAUAUACAAAUAUGAAAACCCCGUGGAACUACCGGCGAAACCAGUGGGUAAUCAGCACCGCAAGAUAGCCCUAUACGGCAUCCUGGCCAUGGCCUUCGUGCUCUUUUUCAUGCUGUUCGUGAUCAUCAACAAAUCGGAAGCGGACCGCCGCAGCCAGCUGAUCAUGGCCAGUUUCUCCAACGAAACCAGCAUCGAAUCCAGCAUGGGUCACACCGUGCUGACGACUCCGUUCUCGUCUAAUGGAAGUUUGGCCGUUGGUGUGGUGAGCGACACUGAUGCCUUUGAGGGAAGCAAUGCAAUAGCUGAGGCGAGAAAGCAACGUCGUACUCGAAGGUUGGGGUCGGACAAUCCGGCAGUUGAGUUCAACAAUAACUUGGUGCUCUAUCCGAGUGAGUACUUGAAGCCUCCCAGGUUGGGAAGUAUGAGGAGAUUUGCAGAAGAUUAUUCACUAGUUGAUAGUUUUCAAAUGAUUAAGAACGAUAAGCCGAGGCCCUUUGGUUUUGAAAGCAAUGGUGUGAGUCCCGAGGGUUUCAGUAAGCAUAAUUUAUCUUAUUUACCGGAGGACCCUCCGAAGAUUCGAACAAACUACGGGAUGGUAAACAACAUUCAGGAUGUGCUGAAACAGUUGUCGUCUACGAAAAAUCAGAACUAUAAAUUUAUUCCGCACCAUCUCCAGCAACCUUCGGAAUUCAGCAAUCCAGUGUUCCGGAAUCAUCGGGUUAAGUUCUCCGGAAUAUACAGACAUCCGAGAAAGAAUGGUGACAUCACGACUCUGUUUGGAGCGUCGUCUAAGCAACACGAGCUUCGCGUCUCCAAACCGUCGGAUAUCAACAGUCAACUGUCCGUACCAAACGUCUACAUGCCCGAUUCGUUGUACAACUUUCGCCCAGCAAAUCCGAGUGAUAUCAAUCUGCUGGCAACUGACCAGUUCCGAUUUGCCCCGGAAAAAGGUUUUGAAACUAAAGAAAACCCUCCUAAAGGGAUGCCCUUUUCCAUAAUGCUGGAUGUCCUCCCGAUGGCCGAUGGAAGUCUUCGUUUCAAACGACCCACCAAGAAGAGACCAGUUCAAAACUACGCCAACACCAAUUUCCCAUCCUACUUCAACAAUCAAAACUUCGCUCAAGUUCAGCACGUCAUGUACAAUCAACCAGAAGAAGACACCUACUUCCGCAGUUCGUCAUCCUACCUUCGACCGCAGCAGCAGCAACGAAUCUUCCCCACCAUGAAACCGGGAAAAAUGAUGGUCCAUGUAAACCUGUACCCCAAAAAACCCGCAGAGGCGUCCAGGAAAUUCGAAAUCGAGAAAACCGCCUUGGACAUCAACCACCUGCAGCUCAACGUUGGAGCAUCCCUGCCGGAUCCAGAAGCACACUUGGUUGAUCCGACCGCUACCACAUCCAUCCCGGAUUUCCUGGAGAUGAUCUACGGUGUCAAGUCCUUGACGCCAACAAUUGCCACCAGUACUACGAGCGCUGCGUCGAAAAGAACCAUCCUGGCUCCGGUGCAGUCCGUGGAUGACCAGGAGCAAAGUGAGAGCUUUACCAAUGGAAACGUAGCUAUGGGACGGUAUCCACCAUAUCGGAUGGUGAAGAAGCGGCACCAACAGCAGCAACAGCAACAGCAGCAGGAUGUUGUCGAUCCGAGAUCGUUGGAUGAGCAACCAAAAUCGACUAAGCUGAAUCUGCUGAACUUCGAUGCGAUGGAUGCGGUUUGA